GAUUAACCAACGAUCACAGCAAAACACCAAUACCCAUAACGGAAAAUCCAGAAAAACCCUAGAUUUUUACAUACCCAAUUCACCAUCUAUGAAGAACAAAUAAUAAUGGAUAGAAAUCAGGUAUUUGGAAGAAGAUAUUAGGGGAGAAGAUUUGGAUACACAGAUAUCAACCGAACCUCAGAACGAGCGGAAGAAAAAAAGAAGGUGAUCAAUAAAUUCAGGAAGAAACAAAUAAAUCAAUUAGGUUCUAAAUUAUGGGUGCAGGACAGAAGAAGAAGAAGUGUUCUAAAAAAGUGAAAUUUGCUGAUCAUGUGGAGAAAAUUAUAUCACUGAAUGCCACUGUGGAGGACAAAAGAGUGGUAUAUGACGAUGGUGUUGAAAGGAUGUUUGUUCACCCUGCCAGGUACCGGGCUUAUACGUGCAAGGUAACAACAUACUCGAGCCCGAAGGUUUUGAAGUGGGUGCGUAACCUGCUGUCUCCUGCCGAGCAAGAGAAAUUUAUGUCAACUAAAAUUGGCCCCUUACUGCACCUGCCAAUGCAAACGUGGUCUAGUGCCUUGUUUCAUUUUUUAUUGGCUAGUCAGAUAUCCACGGGUGAUGAAGGUGAUAAGGGUCACCGUGAAGAAAUGCGCGUAAUGGUUUGUGGAAAGGAACUCUCCUUCGGAAAGAAAGAGUUCGCAUUGAUUUCGGGUCUUAGUUUUAGGAAGUUGGACCAUAAUUUUUCUCGUCCCGCCACGAAGCCCUACCUUAAGAUGAAGCAUUUCCCCGAUGAAGGAAAACCAAAACCGGCGCUGGAGUUGUUGUCGCAUCAUGAAGACAUCGGAGUUUCUUGGAUGAUGGAGUCAUUACUGGUUCAAGACAUCUCAUAGCCUUUGGACCACUAGUACUCGCUGAAAAAUAAAACAUUCAAUAUUCGUGUGACUAUUUGGUCAGGAAAAACAUAAUACAAAAGUACAAUAACAAGAGGGACAAAUAAACGUACCUUUAACACCAUCAUCUCCCUUGAUGGUUUCAUUCUUGUACUGAUAAUCCUCACUGGAACACGACGUGAGAUUGUUAAGAGGGGUCAAGGGAGUGUGUGGAAGCAUCUUGGAUCCGCUGUAAUCUCCAGUAGUUGUUUUGGGAGUCACGGGAGGAAUAUCUACUUUUACUUCUUCUCCAUAUUUGAUUGUGUAAAAGCUUGGGA